CGGGGCCUCGGCCCCUGGUCCCGCGCGCCAGGGGGAGUGGCGCUCCGUUGGGCGCCUUCUGUGGUUUGCGAUUCCACCCCUAGACUCCCACCAGCACGGUCACUUCCUUCUUUCUGCCCAGUCUAGUCACUCAUUCCCCCACUGAGCUGGCUUUCCUUACGGUCUCUGGCCCUGUUCUUGCCCCAGCAUGACUUUUUUCAGGGCGCCGUUGUAGGAGCCUCCCGCAGGAGCUCUGUUCCCAUGAAGAUCCCACUGGUGACUCUCCAACCCCGCCACCAUGAACGGGGUCUUGAUCCCUCAAACGCCCAUCGCUGUGGACUUUUGGAGCCUGCGCCGGGCUGGCUCCGCCCGGCUCUUCUUCUUGUCCCACAUGCACUCGGACCACACCGUGGGUCUCUCUAGCACCUGGACCCGGCCCCUCUACUGCUCCCCAGUCACCGCUUACCUCUUGCACCGUCACCGACAGGUAUCUAAGCAGUGGAUCCGAGCCCUGGAGGUUGGUGAGAGCCAUGUCCUGCCUCUAGAUGAAGUUGGGCGAGAGACCAUGACUGUAACCCUCAUCGAUGCCAAUCACUGCCCUGGCUCUGUCAUGUUUCUCUUUGAAGGAUACUUUGGAACCAUCCUCUACACAGGUGAUUUUCGGUAUACACCGUCCAUGCUGAAGGAGCCAGCCCUGAGACUGGGGAAACAGAUUCAUACCUUAUACCUAGACAACACCAAUUGCAACCCAGCCCUGGUUCUUCCUUCCAAAGAAGAAGCUGCCCGCCAGAUUGUUGAGCUCAUUCGAAAGCACCCACAACAUAACAUAAAGAUUGGACUCUAUAGCCUGGGAAAAGAGUCACUGCUGGAGCAGCUGGCCCUGGAGUUUCAGACCUGGGUGGUAUUGAGUCCUCGGCGCCUGGAGUUGGUGCAGCUGCUGGGCUUGGCAGAUGUGUUCACAGUGGAGGAGAAGGCUGGCCGCAUCCAUGCCGUGGACCACAUGGAGAUCUGCCAUUCCGCUAUGCUGCGUUGGAACCAGACCCACCCUACCAUUGCUAUCCUCCCCACCAGCCGGAAAAUCUACCGUUCCCACCCCGAUAUCCACAUCAUCCCUUACUCUGACCAUUCCUCCUACCCUGAGCUCCGUGCCUUUGUCGAAGCACUGAGGCCUUGCCAGGUGGUGCCCAUUGUCAGGCGACAACCCUGUAGGGACUACUUUCAGGACAGCCUGAGCCCCAGGCUCUCUGUGCCUCUGAUUCCAGACUCUGUACAGCAAUACAUGAGUUCCUCCUCUAGAAAUCCAAGUUUUCUCUGGCUGUUGUUAGAAAGGAAGCUAAAGAGACUGAGAACCCAGGGUGUCGUGUUUGAAUCCCUUGAGGAAAAUGCUGAUCACUCUCAAGCUGACAGGGACUCGAAGAAGACCAAGAAUGAGAACCUUUCUGGGGAGCUUGAGAAGCAGCCCUCCCACCAUCCUUUGAAGAUCAAGAAGCAGUCGUUCCCGGACGUCUGCAACAAAGAAUGGGAGGGGGCAGUCCCUUCCUCCGAGUCCCAGAAGAUGGUGACUGUAUUGACUGCCCCCUCGGGUUUUUCAGUGCACUUAAGGUCUACAGAUAAAGAAUUUCCCUCUCCGGAAACUGGGGAGGAAAUCGGUGUAGGGCCCUACUUGGUACCCAGGGGAGACAAUGCGGGCUCAGCAGCCACAGGGAACCAGAGAGCCUGGAUGGGCCAGGAUUCUCCCCAGUCUCACAGCAGCAAGGCUGCUCCUCUUCUGGCCCCUGAGUACAGGGGCCUGGCACUCAAAUACCUUCUGACUCCAGUGAACUUUCUCCAGGCAGGGUUCUCUUCCAGGGGCUUUGACCAGCAAGCGGAAAAAUACCAUCAACUCUUGCUCAAGUACAGACAGGAGAGUAUAGAAUGACAACCUUGUUUUGAUUCAACACUGCACUUUUUUUUUUUUUUUUUAACUCAUCAAGAGUUAUUUUCAAAGUUAGCACUCUUUGUAUUUCUGCCACUAACAAAUGGCAGUGCCACAUCAACACUGCACUUUUGAAGAUAGUGGCUGAUGGCUUAUUUGGGGCCUUACUUUUCUGUGGUACAUGCCCACCCUGUAACAAGACUUCUCAAAGCGUGUUCAUUGGAAUCCUAGUGCCUAUGGAAUCUUUAGUUCUAUAAUUGACUUGUGUUUAAGAAACACUUUACAUUAUAACCCCUUUACAGUAUAUGUGAUCACAUUAAAUGUUCUGGGAAGUCCUGCAUUAAUUUAAUCUUUUUAACUUUGUUUAACCCAGUAUUUCUCCAAACUUUUUUUUUUUUUGGCUGUGUGGCAUACAGGAUCUUAGUUCCCUGAUCAGGGAUCGAACCCGCGCCCCCUACAGUGGAAGCAGAGUCCUAACCACUCUCCAGACUUUUUGAACAUGCAGUCCUCUUGUGUGGCUGCAGAAAGCGAUAAAGAGUCUGAUCAGAAAGGACCAGUUUAUUCCCAUUGUUUUGUGUGUCAUGUGUCAUUCCCCAUGUCCCCUUCUGUCUCUUCCUAGAUAAAAGUCCCUAGGGAGUUCUGUUUUUUAAUUUAGGAACUGUGGUGCAGGAGGAUAAAGUGGCCCAGGCAGCAUGUUCCAAUCCUGAAGGUCACUGAUUUGCUGUGACCCCAUCCAAGUCACUUCCUGUCUCUGCCUCUGGGAGGGAACAGGAAGUGAUGAAGAUCCUUGAAAAACUGGAGAAAAUUUCCACCUCUGCCUCGGUGAGAGUUUGCAGUUAGUGUCCCUGAGGACCUACCUGGAAGAGAGCCAGCUGGGGGACUGGGCACCCCUCACCAAGGCAGUAUCUGGAACCCUGCCAAACACUAGGCUUUGGGCUUAAGUUCUUGAUGCAAAUUGUGCCCAGUGCCCUCCAGAAAGGUUUCCUUACUAUCCUUUCUGCAGAAGAGGAUAGCAUUAAAAUACCUUGAAGACUCAUUAAGUUCAAAUGGUGUCAUUAGAAUGGGAACAUGGGUUCGAGCCCGGGUCCGGGAAGAUCCCACAUGCCGCGGAGGACCCCACGUACCGCGGAGCAACUAAGCCAGUGCGCCACAACUACUGAGCCUGCGCUCUAGAGCCAGCGAGCCAUAACUACUGAGCCCGCAUGCCACAGCUACUGAAGCCCGCACUCCUAGAGCCCGCGCUCCGCAACGAGAAGCCACCGCAAUGAGAAGCCUGCGCACCACGACGAAGAGUAGCCCCCACUCGCCGCACCUAGAGAAAAGCCCGCGCGCAGCAACGAAGACCCAGUGCAGCCAUAAGUAUAAAUAAAUU